CAGAGAGGAAACUGUAACACAGGCGAAAAAGAUCUUGAUGCGCAACUUGAAACGAACUUCACCUUUCGAGGCUGAUCUGGUAAAAUUCGAUGAAGCGUACUUGGAAUUGGAUCCCAAUCACAUGUGGACGCUUAAGAGUGGUCGCAAAGUGGAAGAGGUCGUCUAUGAGAAAUUACUGCCUCGGAAGUUAAGAAAAUCCAAAACUCAAAUGCUCACUUCGGGAAUUAAUGAAAAAAUACGAAAAAUUAUUUAUGAACCGUUUAUACCAGAUGAGAGCUGGUAUGAAAUGAACGUUUGGAGCCACUUGGUCGAUCCGGCAUUUCACGAUCUUAACAUUGACUUGGUGCGUGGUGAGGGGAUGAGCUGUGUUUCUAGUGAUAGAAAGAAUCUUACAAGAACAAUCAAUGAUCGAAAAAAGAUUGGUCGAAAGGGGGAUAAGGAUCGUCUAGAGUUCGGCGCCAUAGAGGCGGGUCGUAAAUGGGAGGAGCAGUGUGGGACUAAAUACAUGACCGAUUCUUUAAAGCUCUAUGUAAAUGUAGAAGGACAUGAUGGCACAGCUCGUUUCUGCAUGUGA